AUGCUUGACUUCUACGGCAUCCCUCCGCUGUUCCCAACAAACGGGGACAAGACGACUGACUUUCUUAUUCAAGUUGCCCGCAGGAGAGGCAGACUAGGCAGAGGAGGCACGCCCAAUAUCAACAGCGCCGCCACGACAGUCAUCACUGACUGGAGAGAUGGGCGCAUUCAGGGCUGGCUUGAGGCACCUGCGUUGCCCGUCUCUACUGCCGUAGAAAACGAUGCUGUAGGGGAAGCCAGCGGACCGGCAGCUGAUACAAAGCAGAUAGUGACCGAAUGGGCGAAGGAGUUCAAACUCGAGGGUCUAUGGGGAGACGAUGCCGUCCCAGAGGACAAUGAUGAGCAGAUGAAAGAGUAG